AUGUCUUUUCAACAAAUUCCAGUUAUUGAUCUACAAUUGGCGUUCAACUCUGACACUAAGCCAGAAUUCUUACAAAUUUUAAGACAUGCAUUGAUCGAAGUAGGAUUCUUACAUCUCAUCAACUACGAGACAGAAGGACCGUCAAGAAAAGAGCUAGAGGAAAUACGAGAACAAGCAGAAAGGUUUUUUGAACUUCCAGAUGAAGUGAAGUUGGGAUGCGAGAUGAUAAACUCACCCCAUUUCUUGGGGUAUACUAGAUUGGCUAACGAAGUCACAGCAUUACACACAGACUGGAGAGAACAGAUUGAUUUGGGUACAGAGCUCCCUUCUCCUGGACCAGAAGAGCCUAUAUACCGAAAUAUCGAAGGUCCCAAUUUGUGGCCGGAUGCAAAAUAUGCCCCAGAUUUUAAGCCAGUUGUGCUCAAUUAUAUAGCAAAGAUGACAAGGUUGGGUACCGUAUUCAGAAAAUUGGUUUGUGAGGCUAUAGGAUUGGAGGCAGCAAGCUUAGAUGGCUUUUUCAAGCCAGGUCAACAAUGUAAAAUGAAGAUCAUCGCAUAUCCCGACAGCGAUCAACUAUCAAACGAAUCAUCGAACGCACUCGAUGAUAUGCCAUCGACGGGACAGGGAUGUGGUCCGCACAGAGAUUCGGACCUUUUGACGUAUAUCUAUCAGCCCACAUCCCAUUCGGAAUCGUUACAAGUGCAAAAUUUCCAAGGAAAAUGGGUUACUGUUGAUAACAUACCAAACGCAUUGGUUGUUAAUGCUGGUCAGACUUUGGAAGCUAUUACCCAAGGAGUUUGCAAGGCCACUAUUCAUAGAGUAUUGAUUCCUAAGGCUGGAACUGGAACAAGAAUUUCAAUACCUUUUUUUCAAACAAUUGACCUUGAUUCUCACAAAACUGUGGCGAAAGGUAUUCCUAAAGAAGUACUUCACUUGAAGGAUGAAAGAGACGAGAAAAUCCUGAAUUGGGCUGUUGAUGUAGGCUUUCAAUUCAGUCCUGAAGUAGGAAAAUAUCCCGUGGGACAUGCAGUUUUCAAAAAUAGGAUAAAAUCCCAUCAAGAUGUUUCUGCAAAGUGGUAUCCCAACGUCUUGAAGGACGUCCUUGCCGAGUAUAACACCUAG